GUUUCUGCUGCAACGCUAAUAGGCGGUCGGCGCGGACAAAGAAGCGCAUGGUGAACGCGAUCGGCACUUGCGUCAACCAUGGUCGAGAUGAUUGCCUUCAAUUCGCCGGAGACGGUCGUGGUGGCCAGUGAAAAUGAUCUUCGAAAGCAGCGACCGCUGAAGAAGAAAACCAGUACCCUAAACACGAUCUUCUUUUAUCUCGGUAUCGAGCAACGAUCCGGUGAAGAUGCUAACCUGUGCUACAGAAUGCUCAUUCUCGCUGCGUUAUUUGUAGUGUUCUUCAUUAGUGCCUUUGGGUUCUUCGUCAUGUGGUUCACCGAAAUGUACAAUAAUUCGUUACUAGAGAAACUAACUCUGACUCCAAACUCUACGGCCGCCGAAUGGUGGGCUACACCGCCGGUGUUUCCGUUGCUGAAGGUUCACGUUUUCAACUACACCAAUGCAGAAGAAUAUUUUGCCGGUGAAGACAUCAAGCUGCGGGUGGAAGAAUUAGGGCCCUACGUUUACAAGGAGACGGCGGAGAAGAUCAACGUAAUACACAACGCUGACGGUACAAUUUCAUACCGAGAGCACCGACACAUACAGUUCCUGCCCGGGGAAUCCAGCGGAAAUCCAUUCGAUCAUGUGAUCGUACCAAACGUGGUGUUUCUUACCGCCGAAACGAAGAUGAAGAAUGAGAACAGCUUAACCAAGCUGUCGUACAAUAUUAUGAAAGGUGCGACAAGCUCGACAGCCUUUAUGAAGCAGCCAGUGGAAUCGUUUUUGUGGGGCUACGAGGACAAGCUGCUGAACAUGAUCAAAACGGUCACGAUGUUCAGCAACGACAUUCAGAUGUCCCGGUUCGGAAUGCUCAUGACGCGAAACGGUACCAGUGCCGAAAACUUUACCAUCUACUCCGGCGAAUCGAGCUUGCAGCAUUUGGCGCUCAUCAAGGAGUUGGACGGAAACGUCCGGCUAAACCAGUGGCACACGGACGAAUGCGACCUCGUGGGCGGUACCGACGGAUCCCAGUUUCCGCCCCACCUAAUGGAUCGGUACCAGCAUCUGCAGGUGUUCAUCAAAUCGCUCUGCCGCAAGUUUCCGCUCGUGUACGAUAGCGAGGUGACGGCGCUGGACGGGAUACCGGCCUGGCGGUACAAGAUCCCCAAGACCGUGUUCCUGCACCCGCGGGAGCACGCUCCCAACCAGUGCUACUGUAUGGACGAAUCGAGCAACUGCGCUCCGAGUGGCGUGUUUAACAUUACAGGAUGCUCGCUCGGGGCUCCGAUAUUCGCCUCGUUCCCUCACUUCUACACCGGCGAUCAGGAGCUGAUCCACGCGAUCGAAGGGCUUGAGCCGGUCCAGGAGAAGCACGAAACGUACGCGGACAUCCAUCCUCGGUUGGCCUUCCCCAUUGGAGGGGCCUCUCGGUUUCAGAUCAACAUUCGUGUGCAGAAAGCGGCCACCGUUUUAGGAUUGGACAAGUUCGCCGAAGAACUCUACCUGCCGAUUAUCUGGCUCGAGGUGGUCCCGGGCGAAAUAUCGGACGAGCUGCGGGCCAUGAUCUAUCACAGCACGUACAGUGCGAACGCCAUCCAGAUGUCGUUGCGGAUCGGCAGCCUGGUGAUCUUUGUGCUCUCGUUCGUGCUGAUCGCUGCGAAGUGCUACUGCGGGCGGCGAAAAUCGGAAAACAUUAACGGCUUCACGGGCAGAUCUGGACAAUUCGCGGCAUACUAGGUGGGUCACCUCCGCUCAUCAAUACUCAGCAGGACAGAGUGAAGCAAGGCCUCGACCGUGGCCGAUUUAGUAGGGCAAGAACACACUCGGCAGUAGGUCGAGCGGCACGCAGCUACAGAUUGUUAGGUUUUACGAAGGCAAUCGAUGAGAAUAUCUCCUCCCUCUCUCUCUCUCUCUGCUCCUCCCCCGGAGCACUCAUCGCCAAGCAGCACGCAUUUAGCAGAAAAGGUAGGAAAUAAGAAUAAAUGGCGCUAACAUGGCCCCUGCAUCACUCUACGCAAAUGCUCCCGCCGAGCCUUCGGUUGCUAAUCGGAAUGGUGCGUGAUCGACGAUAAGCCGGUACGGGAAUGUGCAUCGAAGGCGUGCAGGCGGAAUGCACAUUGUGCGGCUGGGCAGUGUUUACCUCCGCUAAUUUUACCGUUGAGAACCGUUCGGCAGCACGGUCCGAUAGUAGAUAAUUAUAAUGGCUAAGCCGUUCGCCACGUAUCUGACGUACUUCAACACAAUAAACGCUGUGUGGA